AAGGUCGGUCACAUGGUCACAGGCUGUAGAAAGCUCGAGAUCAACAUGGCCGCCUGCAUGAAGAUGUUCGGAGCAGCAAGACAUCUGCAGAGUAAAACGGCCCUUGUUAAAGUGGGGGUCUUCAGGACCGGGAGCUGUCGCCCCUGUUUGACCGACACAUCGGCCCUGAGCCGGCUGCAGCCCCCCCGGGUCUACAGCAGCACCAACCGCUUCUCUACCAGUCCGUUCACAGCAAUGACAGCUGGCUGCAGGCAGUCCACCAGACCUCAGCGAUGGAUGCGGGUCGGGGUCGCUGUCCGCGGCCAGACAGAUUUCCUCACCCCCUACUAUCGACCCCACAUGAUUCAGGACAGGAUGUUCGGGAACCGGGCCAGCGGUGCCGGCUUUUCAGGGGAGGACGGCGGGGACAGUGCCGGCUCUGGGGGAGAGGAGUCUGGUGGAGAUGGGGGAGUGCCGUACAACGGACCCCAGAUGACGGCUCUUACCACCAUGCUGGUUCCUGAGGUCUUUCCCAAUGUCCCUCUGAUCGCCGUGAGCAGAAACCCGGUGUUUCCCCGCUUCAUUAAGAUCAUAGAGGUUAAGAACAGAGAGCUGAUGGAACUGUUGAGGAGGAAGGUUCGUCUGGCUCAGCCGUACGCCGGGGUCUUCCUGAAGAGAGAUGAUAAUAAUGAGUCUGACGUGGUGGAGUCUCUGGAUGCCGUCUACUCUACAGGGACUUUUGUUCAGAUUCAUGAGAUGCAGGACCUGGGAGACAAGCUGAGGAUGAUCGUCAUGGGACACCGCAGAAUCCGGAUCACUAAACAGCUUGAGGUGGAGGUUGAGGAGGAAGCAGCGUCCCCUGUGUUUUCAGAGACUGAAGCAGAGCCCAAACCUUCACCCAGACGCAAAGCCAAACGCAGCCGCAAGGACCAACCGGGCUCUCCGACAGAGACGCUGGAGGAGAAGAUUUCAGAAGUAGAUCUGACACCAGAACUUCAGCCUCUGCCCUCGUCCAACAUCCUGAUGGUGGAAGUGGACAACGUUCAGCAUGAGCAGUUCACCGUCACCGAGGAGGUCAAGGCGCUAACGGCAGAGAUCGUGAAAACCAUCAGAGACAUCAUCGCACUCAACCCCCUCUACAGAGAGUCAGUCCUCCAGAUGAUGCAGGCUGGUCAGAGAGUUGUUGAUAAUCCCAUCUACCUCAGCGACAUGGGGGCAGCUCUGACGGGAGCAGAGUCACAUGAGCUUCAGGAUGUCUUGGAAGAAAUCAAUAUCCCAAAGCGUCUCUACAAGGCUCUGUCUCUGCUGAAGAAGGAGUAUGAGCUGAGCAAACUGCAACAGAGGCUGGGUCGAGAGGUGGAAGAGAAGAUCAAACAGACUCACAGGAAGUACCUGCUGCAGGAGCAGCUGAAGAUCAUAAAGAAGGAGCUUGGUUUGGAAAAAGAAGACAAAGAAGCUAUCGAGGAAAAGUUCAGAGAAAGACUCAAAGACAGGACUGUCCCUCAGCACAUAAUGGAUGUCAUCAACGAAGAACUCAACAAACUGGGACUGCUGGACAACCACUCCUCAGAGUUCAA